GAAGGUCUGUACUUUUGUCUCGCUUGAGUGGGAGAGACGGGAGAGACGUCGAGUUGGACUCACUAGCUUGCUUUGAUCCUUCAUGAUCGGUCCAACACUUCAUCAUCAGCCUGCCAUCGUCGCGACCUAGAGAGGGAGAUGGCUAAUCGAGCCCCAUCGUCCAGUAAGGGCGGCAAACAAGGCGUCAUGGAUUCUGCUGUCCGCAGGCCGGCCACCAGAUCGACCUCAAAGUUGACCACGAGCGCGUUAUCACGAGAUGCUAUACAGCCGUCUUCUUCCUCGUCAGCUCCACCAUGGACGCCGGAUGAAGACGCACUGAUUAUCGGCUGGAUCAUUCGUUACUGCAAUGUAGAGGAGUAUCAAAUGAAGAUCGCAGGCUGGUACCGAUAUUACAGCUCAGUGUGGGGUGUCGAGAGAACGCCUCAGCGCAGCCACAUUGAGAUCGCAGAGCGUGCCAAGCGCCUACAGCGAGAACGGGACAGUUACAACCUGUCUGUACUGCCGCCCACGCGCUAUUGGCAGCAAAAGUCGUUCAGAGAGUCGAGACAAGGUCCGCUCUGGGGCGACGUUGACGAGACCGACUCUUCUGCUGAAGAUGAGGAGGAUGAGGAUGGCGAUGGCGAUGGCGCGGAUUCCGACGAAGGGGAAAGCGAGGCAGAGAUUCACGAUCACGACAGCGAGGAUGAAGGAAGUGACGGCAAGGCGUUGAGCGGUGAUGCAGUGGUGGAGCCGCGGGCGGACAUGAAGCCUAGGCCAACACAGGUUAUCGAGCUGGAUGAGGACGAGGGGGACGACAAAGCGGACAAGCAGCAGAAGCAGCAUCGGGAUGGCUCCGUAGAUGUAGGUAAAGGCAAACGCAAGGCAAAGAUUCAGGUUCAAGGCGAAUGCAAGCGGCUUAGAGUGCAAAGACACUCGAAUGGAUCCAACACGAUCACCUACUCCGGCAGAGGCAAGCUCCGCAUCUCCUUCUGAUGCUCUAGAAGCAGGCUCGCAACAUCAUGUGCCACCUGCUGGAGAAGGGAAGGCGAGCAAGUGUGAGGAGACAAAACGAGGACGAUUGGCAUCCGCAGCAAGCAUCGAUGUCGAUCACUCCUCAACGUAUCACCAUACAAUCUCAUACCCUUUUCAUCCUUCCUGGACGUGAGAUAGCCAAGCCUUGAUGUACGCCAGGCGCUGGAAAGCUCAACGAGCGCAGACGAUGAGCGCGAGUAUCGUCAAACGGGCUACCUUCACAAGAAUCCCCCCUGCCAUGGCGAGGAAGCGA